AUGCGGAAUCGGCUCGGCGCCGGGUGCUGGUGCGCGCUCAACGCGGCCUGCGCCGGCGACGGCGUCGUCGUCUGGGCCCGCGAGGACGCGGCGGCGGCCGCCGCGGCCGCGGCGCGCGACGACGACGGCGCGCGCGUCGCCGCGGGCGGCGCCGCCGCGGCCCCGGCGCGGCUGCACGUCGUCCACGUGCGGUCCGCCGGCGCGACGGGCGUGCUCCACCCGCGCACCGUGGUCCACGUCGGCGACGGCGCGCGCGUCGCGCUCCGCGAGUCGUUCGUCGCCGUCGGCCCGGCCGCGGAGAAGCGGUCGCGGCUCACGAACGCGCGGACGAACUGCCGCGUGGGCGCCGGCGGCGUCCUCACGCACGUCCUCGACUCGCAGGAGGCGGACCAGGUCCACGUCCACCACGUCCAGUGCGGCGUCCGCCGCGACGGCGAGUUCCGGUCGCGCGCGAUCUCCGACGGCGCGGCCGUCGGCCGCGUCGCGGUCGAGGCGGAGAUCCUCGGGCCCCACGCCCGCUUCGACUUCCUCGGCCUCCAGCUCGGCGCCGGCGACCAGAACCUGGACCUGCGCACGGCGCUCCGCCACACCGCGGGCGACGCCGAGAGCGUGCAGGACAUCCGCAACGUCGCCGGCGAGCGCGCGAAGCUCACCUUCAAGGGGCGCAUCGCCGUGCCCGUCACGGGCCAGAAGACGAACGCGGACCAGAUCUGCAAGAGCCUGCUCCUCGACGACGGCGCGACCGUCAACGCGAUGCCGAGCCUCGAGAUCGUCGCGGACGACGUCAAGUGCACGCACGGCGCGACCAUCGCCGACCUCGACGAGGAGGGCCUCUUCUACCUCAACAGCCGCAUGCUCUCGGAGAAGGACGCGCGCAAGCUCCUCCUCAAGGCCUUCUGCUACGACAUCGUCCAGAGGACCGACCUGCUCCCGCCCGCGACGGUCGACCGCCUCGACGCGAAGCUCUCGCAACUCACGGUAUAA